UAAAAUGUUCUUCAUUUACACUAACUUGCCUCAGCGGAGGAGUAUUAAAACAAAUAUGACGUCACAACCAGCUGGCAUCAAAAAUAUUGCUACUUCCUUUAAACUUUUGACCAAGUUAUGAUUUAUAUGCAACUUAAAAACUCAGUCUAGAAGACGUUUACUCUCUUUUAAAACUUUCUUGAAACUCGAAUUAACGCAGAAAACAUGCUUUAAAUUGACGACAAGACAUGUUGACAGUAGACUGAAUUUACAACACGUCAUAUAACUUGCCGACUUGUCAUUGUUACUUUGAAACGGAUAUACGACACAUCAUAUAAAUCGACGACUUGUCAUGUUUACUAUACAACCGACUUCCGAUUCGUCGUAUAACUGGGCAACUUGCCAUGUUUACUGUGGAAGCGAUUUACAAUUCAUGGUAUAACUUGACGACUUGUCAUGCUUAAGCAUAUCUACGACACGACAUAUGAUUUUGCGUCAAGCAUGCUCACAACACGUCAUGUAAUAAGGUUAUCGAUUUCAGGAUACGUCAUACCAAUUGACGGUCAUUUACAUGCUUACUACAAGCUAAGUUUACAAUGCGUCAUAUAAUGCGUCGAAUGUAUGAGACAUGAAACAAAUUGUCGGAAAUUCAAAAAACAUUCACAUAUCACAUUCUGUUACUUAAAUAGCUGGAUUCUUCGACGAAUGACUUUUAAACGACAUCACUUAUUAUGUUUUAUAUUUUUGGUUAGAACAUAAACCACAACAGAAAGUCAUCAUGGUUAAUUUGCAGAACAGCAGUUUGAUCUUCUUAUGUUUUGUAGUGUUACUAGGUGUGGCAAAAGCGAUACAGUGUCCAUCAACACAUCCUGUCAUGGGAAUUAUAAAGAAGAACAGUGUCUCUCACAUGGGUGAUGGAUCUUUCUUGGUGGUGGCUUGCUGUCCAAAAAAUUAUCACGCUAUCUUCUUUGGAAGAGAAGGAGUGGGUUGUUGUACAAUGCGUGGACAGAGAUGUGUGUUCACAUGUAAAUGUAGAGAUGGAAGCAUACCAGUAAAAUCUGAGGUUCCACUGAAGACAAGUUUUCCAAGUGUACAAACGUAAAAAUUACUGUAGUAAAUGGAACAAAGAAUUUAUGACACGCAAAAACAA